AGAGCUAUGUUGCCUUUCCGCUUCUGCAUCGGGCCCUCAUUUAGGAAACGCCUUUCUCAAAAAAAAAUCCAUCCUGCGACUGUUUGGAGUAAGAAGCUCGAAAAUAAAACCACGACAUAGAAAGAAAGUAUCUUUCCGAGCAAUAGUUGAAAAUCGAUAUCUAUCCAUCCACCAAAAGAUUCAAUAGAAGACGCUUAUUCCGGCAACACAGCAAUAAGCGAUAGGAAGUGGUUCGUGAAGAAGGAACGGAUUCCAUUACACACAAAUACGUUUCAAUCAUGACUUCUUUAAUACGAAAAGGGAAGGCUUUCCUUAUCUUUAGCACCGUUGUGGUACUCUCUUUGUCUAGAUCAGAUGCUUUUUCGAUUCUCAGUGCUUCGAGGGCAGCAGCAGCUACUCAUAGAUCGGCAGAAUCGUCGACUACUUCUAUUGCAAUGACGAAUGAAGAUAUUCCGGAUCCAGCAACAUUCAGAGAGGCCGAAGUUCUAGCGCUUUUGUUAAUGCAAGAAGGACGCCAUGAUGACGCCAUCAUAGGUACGUUCGAGGUGUGGGUCGUUUCUUGUUUUUUGUUUAAGUAUCUAGCUGUUUGGGGUGGUGAUCUACCUCUCGUCAUUUCUGAUGAAGUUUCUGAAUUCUUGCCCCUUUUGUCGAUGCAUUGAUAAUCAAUUCACCGAUUGCACUGACCCCCCACCCCGCCCCAUCCUCCGGCGGAUUGCUGACGCAGCGUUCCAAAAGGGAAUGAAACUUCCCGGAAGUAGAAACCCCGACAUGAUCCGAUCUAGAAACGUUUCUGGUGUCAGUCCCGUCGGCGGGUCCUUCGGAGGAACGAGUUCCCAAGAAGCUAACAGAUUGAGUAAUAACGAGCUCCAAUCGGCAUAUUACAACAUGGCCUGCUGCAAUUCGAGAUUGGGAAAAGUGGAAGAAGCAGUCGUAAACCUGGAAAAGGCCUUUCAAUCUGGAUUCGAUAAGUAUGACACCGUCCGUGGCGACCCAGACCUGGAUCCAAUCAAGCAAAGCCGGGAUUACCAAAAGAUGAUGGAUACUUAUGACCCGCCAGGGUUCAACCCUUUCGGACUUUUUAAGAAAUAAAAGAAAUUCCAAGUUGCAAAUUUUCUGGUCGGUAGAUACGCGUUCCCUUACCAGCAAAAGAAUGACCAGGCUACCGGUAGAUGUUACUUUUAUUACAAUAUGAUAGACAUCGCCAAUUUUCCCUCUAAGAUAUGACAUUCAUUUCAUGUGUUCAUGUCAUCACAAAAGACUCCAAUGAAAUGUUUUCUCGGAC